AUGGAUUUCCUGACCAAGGACCUCCUGUUGAAAAAACGCACCUCAUUUUCGUUCCUCUUCGGUUCAAAAAAACCCACCUUCGCCCUUCACGAUGACAGCCUUGAUGACCAACCUCCACGAUACUAUGACCUCUCCCCACAAAAGCAUAAUGAGAAUGCCAUCGCCCGAAAUGAAGCCGAAGAAGACGAAGACAAUCUCCUGAGCACCCGCCAAGAGCUUCCCUCGGAUCUGGAAGCUCAGGUCCGCUACGCCUGCUCAUUGCUCGUUUACCGCAUUGAGCAAGGGAUUUCCUCCAAUUACUGCCCCAAUCGCGCCAAAGAAGCGGCUGCAGCCCGAAAGAAACGUAUCUCCACUAUAGCCGCCACCUCUAGCCUCUCAGGGAGCAGUGCGGCCGCGGCCGCGCAGGUUGAGGCGAAGUACCUCUUGUCCAGUACCACCAAGAAGCUUCGCAAUGGGAUGAUUGGACGAUUCGGAAAUGGCAUCUUUGCGCGGGAUGGAAGUGAGAAACAUGAUUCUGGGGUCGGGUUGACACAACAGCCGAGUAUAGCGACGAUGAGAGAGGGGCACCGGUCCAAGCUGGGAUCCUCGCACUCAAAUUAUACCACGAGCUACGGCGAGGACUCUCUCAAAUCUAGAAAGUCGCAGGUGGGAGCUACUGCGGCUGUAGGACGGGGAGAGGAGAGUAUGAUUGUUAGUCCGAUCUCGCCCACAGCACCCGAGGGCGAAGAGGAUGUCAUCAUCAGUCCAAUCACAGUAUCAACGACCACCACGACCACGACGGAGUCCGAAAACACAGUCUACCGAACCGUGCCGACGAGUCUCUCGCCCACAGACAGCAGUAACAACGGGACGAGCAGCGAAGACACGAGCCCGACCUCGUCCGUCGACCACAACCAACAACAGCACAUCCACCACCAGUUCCUGACGCGGGGAGCAGCUGUCGCGACAGGCGACGAAAAGAAGCCCUGCCAACGAGACCAAGACACCGCCACCUUCCUGUCCCCGACUGACCCGGUGCCGAAUCAGCAACAACACAAUCCUACCGCGUCCCAAGAUGAGAGCCCCGACGCCACCAACGACUCCGACGUCGAGGUGUUCCUCGACGCCGACACUGCCGCGGAGUAUAUCACCUCGUCUGCCGGGGGAGUCGGCGGCGUAGGCGGCCCCGGAGGCGUGGCGAUGCCUCUCCUAACAACCAGCACCCCGAGCCUCGGCCUCUCAUCUGUGAAUUCCACUUCCGUUCGACAGUCGAGGCUCUACAACGCUGCCGCUGCCACAACAACAUCCGUCCUCAUCACCGAAGCAGAAAUCGCCGCUACCGAGGAAGAAGAAAAAGAAAACGACACCUCCAAGACCAAGCGACAUUCCACAUACACACCAACAUACCCCUUGCACCUGCCUCCAGAUGAGAUCCUGUCAGGAAGAGGAGGAGAAGAAGACGAGCCCCCCACGAUAAUCGACACGAACGGCAACGCCCACAUCAUGACCUCGGCCGAAGAGCUCGAGCGCGACCUCGGCCUCCAGCAGGCGGUGAUGACCAAGAUGAAGACGGGGAGUAUCCUUCUCCUCUCCUCUUCGUCAUCAUCCUCUUCGCCCACCACCGCGGGGAUCGACGGGACGGAACGCACGCGUAGAAGCCACGACCCCGCUCCCACGACCAUGGAUAGUGGCAGUGGCCCCGACGAUACUCCGACACCGACCCUCCCCCGUCUCCCGGAACCAACGCACACCGUCCCCCCGCGUCGACCGGGGACCAGUGCAUCGAGACCAAAGACCUCAUGGUCGGCGCUUAGCCACUCCACGGCGUCCGUAUCGGGGAAGCUGAGACGGCGGUUCCGACGAUAUGACAACGACGACGACGAUGACUCGAUCAUUGAGAUAGAGAUGGAGAGUCGGCGGCCGACGCCUACGACGCUGUUCAGGCGAUUAGCGGGUUGGCUGACUGGACGAGGAAGUAUCCGGGAAAAGGAAAUAGAGAGCCUCUCGAGGACGUCGUCGGGUCUGGAGGGCGUGCUGCCGUAUCAGGGCACAUGA